UAAGAAAAUAAUGCUGUUUUGCUUGCCAUUUUAACUUCAAAGUGUAUUGUCAUUCAGUGUGAGAAGUGUUUGAAAUUUAUUUAAUAAAAAAUAUUUUUAAAAAUGGUUUUUUUAAGUGAAAUUCCAGGAAGAUCUUUAUCAGAUUAUGCGACAGAAGGUGCAAAAAUGAGAAAUUUCAAUCCUUAUGCUGAUAAUGGAGGGAGUGUCAUAGCUCUUGCAGGAGAUAAUUUUUGUGUAAUAGCAGCAGACACGCGUCUCAGUACAGGUUUUUCUAUUUAUACGCGUGAACAACAAAAACUAUCUUUAUCAUCAAAAACUGUUUUGGGUUGUUCAGGUUGUUGGUGUGAUACACUUACUUUAACUAGAAUUUUAUCUGCUCGAAUGCAGAUGUAUGAGCAUGAACAUCAAAAAGAAAUGCCAACACCAGCAGUUGCACAAAUGCUAUCAACAAUGUUAUAUUAUAAACGUUUUUUCCCUUAUUAUGUAAGUAAUAUUCUUGGUGGAUUAGAUGAAAAUGGUAAAGGUUGUGUCUAUAGUUAUGAUCCCAUCGGACACUGUGAAAUAACAAAAUACAGAGCAGGUGGUUCUGCUGGAGCUCUUUUACAGCCUCUCUUGGAUAAUCAGAUUGGGUAUAAAAAUCAAGAAGGUGUUGAACCUGUUCCUUUGACUCAAGAGAGAGCUGUUGCAAUUAUAAAAGAUGUUUUCACAUCAGCAGCAGAAAGAGAUAUUUACACUGGUGAUUCCAUAUUUAUUAAAAUUAUAACAAGUGAUGGUAUACAAAAUUUCAGUUUUGCAUUGAGAAAAGAUUAAUGAAAUGGAAUAAAAAUAAUGUACUAUUGAAUUUCUAUAUGAAUAAAAUUAACACUAAAAAAUAA